CUGUAGUGCGCCCAUUGACCGGCAGAGGGAGGUAUCUAGAGUUAGGGACUGUCUCUGAGUCAGGAAGUGUGAGAGGGGCCAACGUGAGACGGGAGCAGCAGAGUGGAGGGUGUGAUUUAGGAUGAAGGACACACUGACCCUGCUGGCUCGAGUUACUGCCCACCCUGACUCCCACUGCUGGUUCCUAGCAUGGAAUCCAUCUGGAACUCUCCUGGCUUCCUGUGGUGGGGAUAAAAUUAUCCGUAUCUGGGGCAAAGAAGAUGGUAACUGGGUAUGCAAAUCAGUCCUUGGUGAUGGGCACCAGCGCACUGUAAGAAAAGUGUCGUGGUCACCUUGUGGUAACUACCUUGCUUCUGCCAGCUUUGAUGCCACCACCUGCAUCUGGAUAAAGAAGAAAGAGGAGUUUGAGGUUGUUACAACCCUUGAGGGGCAUGAAAAUGAGGUCAAAUCUGUGGCCUGGGCACCUUCAGGAAAUCUUCUGGCCACAUGUAGCCGUGACAAGAGUGUCUGGGUGUGGGAAGUGGAUGAAGAAGAGGAAUAUGAGUGUGUCAGUGUUCUUAAUUCACACACACAGGAUGUGAAGCAUGUGGUGUGGCACCCCAAUCAGGAGCUCCUAGCUUCUGCCAGCUAUGAUGACACAGUUAAGUUGUAUCGAGAGGAGGAGGAUGACUGGGUCUGUUGUGCCACCCUGGAAGGUCACACAUCUACAGUUUGGAGCUUGGCUUUUGAUCAGAGCGGAGAGCAGCUGGCAACCUGCAGUGAUGAUAAAACUUUGCGCAUAUGGAGGCAGAUUAAGGCUGAAGAGGAGCCAGGUGGAAGUAAAAAAGAUUCAAGCUGGAAGUGUGUAUGCACACUGACAGGGUACCACACGAGGACAAUCUAUGACGUUAGUUGGAGUCAUCUGACUGGUUCUCUUGCCUCAGCUUGUGGAGAUGAUGCCAUCCGGAUAUUUGAAGAAGACCCAGGCUCUGAUCCCAUGCAGCCAAAUUUUUCUCUUACAGCCCACAUGCCACGAGCCCACGCUCAGGAUGUCAACUGCGUAGCAUGGCAUCCCAAGGAGCCUGGGCUUUUGGCAUCCUGUAGUGAUGAUGGAGAUAUGGCAUUCUGGCAGUACCAGCGGCCAGAAUAACUGACAAUCAUGUUUAGGUGACUAAUUAUUUCAAACACAUUAGCUAAGAUGCAGCAUACAGUUGCUCUGCCUUAAUAAGCAUUUCCUCUUGGCAAUCAUUUGAAUUAUGACUACUCUAUGUGGUGCAAUUUUCAACAUCUAGCAUGUUAAAUGUAACACAUUCCUCAUGAAAACUGAAACGGCCCAGAAUAAAACCGCUGUAUGUUUUCAGAGUCCCUCCUUUUGGGAGCAGUAAUGCAAAACACAACUCCUACUUUCCAGAAGCAGAAUGAAGAGGUCUUGCUGAAUCACUCUGCUGCAGCCGUGCCAUAUGGUCAGCAUUGGCUAAGUAGUUGGCUUACAUGUUGUCACCUGUGUCCAAAUGUUUUUGCUUUUAUAGCAGUACAUGGAGAAGUCAGAGGAGAGCUGUUCAUCACAUAAUCGCCUUCCCCAGGCUUCCUUAAAGUAGGAAGAAACCAUGAGAAAUUUCUGCUCUGGUUGGAGUAAAGCAGGACUUAAUCUGUUGUGGGUUUUGCUGAUCUUUAAUAGAAAUCCUAGGAGGUUGGUAAGCUUAUUAUCUCUCUUAAGUAAUGGAUUUGUUCAGAAAAAAAAAGUCUAUUACAGUUUGCUGUUUUAAUAUUAAAUAUUUACCCCGUAA